AUGUGUGUUUGUCUUUCUCAGGCGCUUGAGCGUUCAGAAAGUGAGGAGGUCUCCAUAAUCACUCAGCUGAUCAAGAAGAUCCUCAUCAUCAUCUCUCGGCCUGCACGUCUGCUGGAGUGUCUGGAGUUUGACCCUGAAGAAUUCUACCAUCUUCUAGAAGCUGCAGAAGGUCAUGCCAAAGUCGGCCAGGGCAUCAAAACAGACAUUCCUCGCUAUAUUAUCAGCCAACUUGGACUCAACCGGGAUCCACUUGAUGACGUUGUGCAACUAGAGGAACAGUUUGACUCUGGGCCCACGUUGACUGUUGAUUCUGAAGAAUCUGCAGAGCAGAAUAAAGCUUUAUCUACACCACUACGAAGAAAACCACUGGAGAGCGAUUUUGAGACCUUAAAACUCAUCAGUAAUGGGGCUUAUGGGGCUGUGCAUCUGGUAAGGCAUAAAGAAACUCGCCAACGAUUUGCAAUGAAAAAGAUCAACCGACAAAACCUGAUUCUGCGGAACCAGAUCCAGCAGGUGUUUGUGGAGAGAGACAUCCUGACGUUUGCAGAGAAUCCGUUUGUGGUCAGCAUGUUCUGCUCCUUCGAGACACGGAGACAUUUGUGCAUGGUCAUGGAGUAUGUGGAAGGUGGUGACUGUGCUACUUUACUGAAGAACAUGGGUCCGCUUCCAGUGGAUAUGACUAGAAUGUACUUUGCAGAGACUGUUUUGGCGUUGGAGUACCUUCACAGUUACGGCAUUGUGCACAGAGAUCUCAAACCAGACAACCUCUUGAUUACUUCAAUGGGACACAUUAAACUCACUGACUUCGGGCUUUCCAAAAUUGGACUUAUGAACAUGACAACUAAUCUGUACGAGGGCCACAUUGAGAAGGACACCAGGGAGUUUAUCGACAAGCAGGUUUGUGGCACUCCAGAGUACAUUGCUCCAGAAGUGAUCCUUCGACAGGGCUAUGGAAAGCCAGUGGACUGGUGGGCCAUGGGAAUUAUCCUGUAUGAGUUUCUCGUGGGAUGUGUUCCGUUCUUUGGAGAUACACCAGAAGAGCUUUUUGGGCAGGUUGUCAGUGAUGAGAUUAUCUGGCCAGAUGGAGAUGAUGCCCUGCCUGUAGACGCCCAGGACAUGAUCACACGAUUACUGAAUCAGAGCCCGCUAGAGAGACUUGGAACAGGUGGAGCUCCAGAAGUAAAGCACCAUAUGUUCUUCAGUGGUCUGGACUGGAACGGACUCCUGCGUCAGAAAGCUGAAUUCAUUCCUCAGCUGGAGGGGGAAGAUGACACUAGUUAUUUUGACACACGCUCUGAACGCUACCAUCAUUUGGCUUCUGAUGAGGAUGAAGAAACUAAUGAUGAAGAGUCUUCAUUGGAAAUACGACGGUUUUCUUCUUGGUCAAAUCGUUUCAGCAAGGUGUACAGCAGCACAGAGCACCUGGCAACCCCAUCCAACCUGAGUUUCUCCUCGGACCGCAGUCAUAGUGAAGAGAUAGAGGACCGGGCAGACUGUAGAGACACUCACUACCAUGGAGAGAUCCAACGACAGGCCUCCACUGGAGACAAGAGGCUUUCAGCUCAGAGGGCAAGUCUGCGCCCUCGAACCUCCUCCAGCUCUUCUCAGCCCGAGCGAGCUGUGAGCCCUCUAGUGGUGAGCAGCACACACAGCCUGGAGGCCAUGCCUCGUUUCGCUCUGUCCACUGAUGAUGAAGCUGAAGUUGUCGUAUCUAACCUGCGAAGAAUCAGACUACGUAGCAACAGCACAGGAACGAAACACUCGUCUCCAAGGGAACAAGGGAGUUCUCCGUGCUUUGGAAACCAGCUGGAGACACCCGACAAACAGCGACUCUCACCAGGACGCAAAGUCCCCAAAUCCGCAUCAGUGUCCACUCUCUCACUCAUCAUUACUCCAGAUGACGGGAGUGGCAGCCUACAGGGACGCUCCAUAUCCCCUCGAUCAUUUUCCUCCAAUCCUUCAUCACGAGACUCCUCCCCCAACCGAGACCUGUCGCUCAGCAUCAGCACUCGCCCCCCAAUCAUCAUCCACAGCUCUGGGAAAAAAUUUGGCUUUACGCUCCAGACUAUUCGCGUUUACAUGGGGACCAGCGACAUCUACACCAUACACCACAUGGUCUCGGGUGUGGAGGAGAGCAGUCCUGCCCAUGAGGCUGGACUGCGAGCAGGUGAUCUGAUCACUCAUGUGAAUGGAGAAUCUGUGCAAGGUCUGGUGCACACAGAAAUGAUGGAGCUUCUCCUGAAGAGUGGUAACCAGGUUACUCUGCAAACUAUCGCACUGGAGGACACAUCUAUAAAGAUCGGUCCGGCACGCAAGAGCAGAUGUAAAGGAAAGAUGGCCCGCCGCUGUAAGAGCAGAUGGAAGGACAAUAAGGACAGGAGGCGCAACAUGCUAAAGAAGCUAUCCAAACAGAGCACAGUUAUGCACAGCAGCCGCAGCUUCUCCUCUGGCCUGCAUCACUCUGUGUCCUCAAGCGAGAGUCUGCCAGGCUCUCCCACACACAGCCUUUCUUCAGGACCCACAACACCCUGCCGGAGUCCCGUUCCUGACCACACCACUGAUGCUGGCCUGCCCCAGAACACUUCUCCAUGCUCCAGCUCUCCGAGUUCACCGGCGGUUCAGAUGCGUCCCAGUUCACUGCACGGCCUUGGGUCUAAACUUAGCAACCAGCGGUACACUAAAGUGGGCAGACGGAAGUCCACCAGCAGCAUCCCUCCCUCUCCUCUGGCCUGCACCUCCUCUCCACAGGCUCUGUCCCCUCAGCGCUCCCCUUCACCGUUACCUAGCAUCUCCAAAACCCUCCACUCCUUCCACGGCAAAACCCUCUCACCCCCCACCAUCAUUCGGCAUGUGGUCAGACCCCGAAGUGCAGAACCUCCACGAUCCCCUUUGCUAAAGAGAGUCCAGUCUGCGGAGAAACUCUCAGGGGCGUUAUUCGCUGACAAAAAGCCACAUGCGGCCCGUAGACACACCCUUGAGGUACCCCAUUGUGAGCUGGACGUCUCUGGAGACGCUGAGGGAGAGGUGGCCUGCGGUUCGGUAUAUACAACAGAUCACGGCAGGCUCGGCGGAUACUUGUGUGCCCAAAGAUUGAGGGACUGGCCCAGCGAACGCAUGGAGCAGAUUGUUGUCAUGCGUAAACUUAAUCUGUCCGAACGAAGAGAUUCCUUCAAGAAGCAGGAAGCCGUGCAGGAAGUAAGCUUUGAUGAGCCGGAUGACAGAGCUCCGCAGAUUCCCGCUCACACAGGCACAUCCACGGGCACGCGGCCCAAGCAUAUGAUGGGCGAAUCGCAGUCGGAGGAGGAGUGUGUGGCAAGGAGAAAUCCGCUGGUUCCACAGAUUGCCGUGCAGGGAUCUGAGAGUGAGGAAGCAGAUGAUUGGAGGCUUUGCUCAGAUGAAGACGAGGAAGAGGCUGAGGAAAACGUGUUGCUUACUCAGAAUCAGGGUGAGCCUCGGGUCAACGCCAACAUCAUUUCCUCAGUUCCUACAUGGGAAGCUGCUAGAGUGAUUACAGUCACAGCAAAGCCAGAAAAUCAUCCGAAUCCUGAAAAAAGUAAACUGAUAAACAGAUAAAUGAGUCAAGGACUGUUGCAGUACGUGGUUCUCCAUUUGGACUCACCAACGCACCUGCUCGCACAUUUGCUGCCAGCACAGAAUUCCAACGAUUACCGAGUGAAGUAUUUUAUUAGCAUGUAAAUGGAAGUAAGCUAGUCUUACGCAGGGAAUAAUUAAGCUUUUUUUAAUUUAUUAUGUUGGAGUACCGUUGGCCAAAAAGAAACAAAAAAAUGUACGGUUGUAGUAUGGUUUUCUCACUUUCUAUGAACCUGUCGAGGAGGGAAACUGAAAGAUUUUCUAUGAAAAUGUGCAAAAGCUUCUCCAAGAGCUUUUCAUUUUUGCACAGACUUUGUGUUGGGUUUACAAAGCUGCAAGUUCAAAUGCUAUUUCAAUGGAAUAGUUAAGUGGUACUUUUCAUUUAUUAUUCCACAUUCUCAAAGGGUUUCCAGUGAGUCCAUGCGAAAGACAACAACAAGAAUACUGUGGAAGGCCAAAAAGGUAUUUAAAUUUGGUAAAUGUUGGUCAAGGUGUCCAAAAAUCUGUAUAAUUUAUUGUCUAUAUGACUACUUUGUAUCAAACCAAAUAGAUGUUUAGAUACCUGUUUUUAUCACAAUGAAAUUUAAGAACAAAUUCUAUUAUUUUAAAUAUGGUUGUCACAAUACUGGAAUUCGAUACUAAUCGGCACUGAAAUUUUUAAUUCGUCCAUUUCCCGCGAAAAUUGAAGCACUGUG